AUGUUGUUCAAGUCCAUCUUCAUCUCGUCCCUCGCGACUAGUGCUCUGGCCAUUUACCUGCCCGAAGACCAUUACAUGGUUAGAGACAACGCGGCUGCGCCAGGAGGAAAAUGCGACUGCUCUGGUGACAAUGUGCGAUACAACUCUACACUUGCAAAGGACUACAUCUGUGGCGACAAGCGUCUUGGCCCUAGCCGUCUCCCAACCAAGCUGCCUCUUGGCACCUUUGUCACUGGGUACGACCGCUUUGGAGGACUGUCUCCAAAUGCCUUCCUCGGGAAGUGGUAUAACUCCACCGAGGGGCCUGAUGGCCGCGAAGCAGGAUGGAUCUACCCCGAAAAGUACGGCUUCGAGCUUGACGAAGAGAAGCUCCCCAUCAAGGCCAACGUGGAUCUGAUGCCCGGUACACUUGUUGACCGUUUCGGCUAUAACACUGGCCGCUACAUCUCCCCUGCCACCGCUCCCUUCUCCCAGAGAGCUCUCCACCCCCAGAACCUCGACAACGACGUGAACAAGCAGUUCCCAAACAACUACCACGUCUACAACGUGAGCAGGAUGUUCACUGUCCAGGCUGGGCCCAUCAGGCCUUGGUUCGGCCAGCCAGGCUUUGGAGUUCAAUUCUUCCUCGGCAACGGCAUUAGCGUGAAGGAUUACCUUGACAACGGACAUUUGGUUGAGUUAAAGCCAUCUGAUCUGCUCAGGGACGGAACUGGCUGUGGCUUUGCGCGUGAGGGUGAUGAUUCGGUCUCGGACGAGCUGUAG